GAAACUGUUUUGCUAGGGCGGGAGAGUUAAUACUUGUGCAGGUGAGGCAGGGACAAGCUCUGGGUCACCUGAACUCCGAAGCCACACAGGGAUCAAGGUCCCCUCCUGUUCUCGAGCUGCCUCCAUGAGGGGUUCUUUUUUCUCGCGGCUUCCGCCGCAACUCUCUCUGCUGCUGCUGCUGCUGCUGCUGUUGUCGUGGAGACGAGUCUGGACCCAGGAGCACAUUGGAACUGACCCUUCCAAAUCCCCGGUGGCCCCCGUAUGCCCCGAGGCAUGUUCAUGUUCACCAGGAGGCAAGGCCAAUUGCUCCGCGCUGGCGCUGCCCGCGGUACCGGCGGGCCUGAGCUGGCAAGUACGCUCACUGCUGCUGGAUCGCAAUCGAGUGAGCACACUACCUCCAGGUGCCUUCGCCGAUGCAGGCGCACUGCUAUACCUAGUCCUGCGGGAGAACCGGCUUCGGUCGGUGCACGCGCGAGCUUUCUGGGGUCUGGGAGUGUUGCAACGGCUGGACCUGAGCUCCAACCAGCUGGAAACUCUGUCUCCUGGCACCUUCACGCCUCUGCGAGCGCUGAGUUUCCUCUCCCUAGCGGGUAACCGGCUGGCACUCCUGGAGCCCUCGAUCCUGGGCCCGCUCCCUUUACUGCGGGUGCUCAGCCUGCAGGACAAUUCACUAUCGGCACUCGAGGCGGGUUUGCUGAAUAGCUUGCCUGCCCUCGACGUGUUGCGCUUGCAUGGCAACCCCUGGGCGUGCAGCUGCGCGCUGCGCCCGCUUUGCACCUGGCUGCGUAAGCACCCGCGUCCCACUUCAGAAACUGAGACCCUGCUCUGUGUGUCUCCAAAACUUCAAACGCUCAACCUACUGACAGACUUUCCGGACAACGCCUUCAAACAGUGCACGCAGUCACUCGCUGCGCGAGACCUGGCGGUGGUCUAUGCUCUCGGGCCGGCCUCUUUCCUUGCCAGUUUAGCCAUCUGCCUGGCAUUGGGCUCGGUACUCACUGCUUGUGGUGCACGGCGCCGCCGCCGCCGCACCACAGUGCGCCACUUAAUAAGGAGACAGCCAGACCCCGAGGGCCCAGCCUCCCUGGAGGAUGUUGGGAGCCCUACAACAACAGCUAUCCAAGCCUAAGGGUUCCGCUGUUGUUUCUAGCGCUCCUGUAGCAUCCCGCACUUUGAAAACUGUCCCCAAAUCCCCGAUCCUCCCUUCACAUUCCCUGUAGGCGUCAACAAUAGACAAAACCCGGAAAUUUU